AUGGAGUUUCACCUGCCUUACUGUGCACUGCGCAGGAACACCGUGUCGCCCGAUCCCCGAAAACUACGCCGAUCAUACCCAAUGCUUCCAUAUUACGAUCAAGCACAAGACCAGCUGUCCUAUCAUGACGCUCAGGUUUCUGUGCUCAUCACUGGGGUAGAUGAAUGGUACUGGACCGCCUACUGCUGUGUUGACACGUUCUCGCAGGAGCCAGAAAGCCCCAAUGCCUACAUCGAGUGGAACGAUGACGGUCCGAGCGGAGGGGGCAGAGACGAGAUUUAUCCCGUGUGGAACCCGCGCGAAUAUUUUCUCCUCAUGCUCUCACGGCGUUGCAAGCAGGUUGCUGGUGAAUGGGAAGCCAUCAUCUACGAGUUAAAUGCUCGCCUGGAUACUUAUGAAACGGCCUAUUACGCGUCGAUGGAUGGCAACGAUUUCUUUGACGAUGCACAGCUUGGAAGAACCAAGUCAUACACGAAGGCCGUGUCCAUUUUGAGAAAAUUCAAUGACAUGCUCAACCUAACGCUUGAGACUUUCCAGGAUUUUGAGCAAGGUGAACUCCAGUUCCUCAACACGCGAGACGAAAAACUCGAUGAUCUCUGGAAAAUCUACUUGGACAGGAUCUUUGAGGAUUUUGCUACCAUGCGAUACCUUCAGCGGGUCCUGGUCCAAAAGAUUCAGACUUUCGACCGCAUGAAGGACGGUGUGCGUAUUGCGGGUUGUCGAUUCUCGAUUUUGAUUGCUUACCAGAGUUCUGAAGCUGGUCAACUCGUCGGCUCUAAAAGAGAGCCGAUAUUCCACGAAACAAGGAGAUGA